GUACUACAUUACCAGACCAUUUAAGUUGAUGGGUGUUUUAUUAUAGUAGGUUAUACGUAUUGUUUAUUUUCAAUUUUCCUUUUGUACACUGAUCGGAGUCGGAUAACGAUCGCUUUUUUAAAGCAAAGACAAGGAUAAAUAUACUAACAAGACGGGAAAAGUCUUAUGUCAGACUUAAGGUAUCCAUGUGAUUCGUUGUUCCUGCAGGGGGAUGGAGAAUGACAUCAGAAAUUGCCAAACCAUUUCCAAAGUUGUGAAGGAAAUACCUCCAAAUUUUACCAGGACUGCGAAGGCAUCAAAGUGUGGCAGGGGUGCGAGCGGCCAUGCCAGAGAUUCUGCGUCCGUUCAGAAGGUAGACAAGGUGUCCUCAGUUCCAUCGCGCGACCCCCGUGUCAUCACUGCUGCCAACAACACUCCUCUGAACAAACAAUCAACAGUCUGCGUUGAUGAGGCAGCAGUUGCUCUUAGAGAGAUGCCUUGCAGCAAAGAUACAACAUCACAACAACCAGCACUGCAUGCAGGCCAUCAGAACGUUGACUUAACAGCCAUGACAAAUAAAAACCAGAAAGUAUUUGCCAAACUUCCGGGUCUUUCAAACCCGUUGUUGCAGGGCUUGUCUCCAGGAGACCGCGAUAAGGCAAGCAAGACCGAUAUCGCUUCCUUGUCGUUUCCGAACAAAGGGCAACCGCAGCAGCAAAGAUCUCUCAAUUAUGAUGUUGGUCAUGUGUUCGGAGACAUGUCUGUUGCGCAAUCAGGGGGUGCCGAGCCAAACCAGGCUGUAAGUAAUCCAAGCGGCUCCUCGAAUAAUCUGUUUUUCAGAGCCAGUCACAAUACGUUACAAGGCUCUGAAGAAGCGACAGGGGUUUGUCAGUCGUCGCUCAAUACGUGCUCAAGUUCAUUUGCUGACAUUUCACACCAAAAUGCAAGUGAAUCCAUUAAGAACAACAAUUUUUACGACAAUUCUAAUACACAGAAUGUAAACUGCAAAAUGAUUUUAUCUGGUACGGGACGUGAAAUUAGCAUGCCUGUGACCCGUACCUCUGCUCAACCAGCGGCCAGUGACCAGCCUAUUUCUACGGGUGAGAGUCCCAAACCAGAUUUGCCCUCUACAUCAAGCCCUUGCCGAAUGGAGGCAAACACAAAAUCCAACAUGGCCAUCACCGACCCAGAACGUUUGGCUCUCAUCAAACAGAGGAAGCGAGAGCGGAAGUUCCGUAAGCUGCAGUCGUUGUCGGCUCUGAUGAGGGCACCAGACGACCGUCACAGCAUGGUGCAGCAGCUCAACCCGCUCAGGCAUGACCGGAUCACACAAGAGAACUUCAAACAAGACGGUGGCAGCUACCCUGGCAACUCGACAGGGUCUUCGAGGCUCGGUGACAUCACCCAGAACCCUUUCAACUGGAUGUCCUCGUCUGUUGGCGCUUCGGCCACCGAGGGGACUGGUUUGAACUUUGAGAAGAAACCGUGGAGAGCUGACACAGGGAAAAAGACGUGCAGUUUCUUUCACGAACCUUCAAUGCGAAACAACUCCGUUUUGAGUGAGAACUUCUCGGAAAUGGCUAAGAAUCGGGUAGAUUACAAGACGGAGAAGAAACUGAUCGAUUCUGGAUCCAAUUCCUGGCAACUUCAUAGCUCUAACAGUUCUGUGGUUGACGAUGCUUUGCGUGUAGCUGCUUUGAAACAUAUCAAGAAUGAGCCAUCUUUGGAUGAUCAUUUGCUGCUGUCAGCUUCUGGAAAAGUCUUGGAUAUUAACAGCAACAAUAAAAGAAUUCUUGAGAACUUCCUCACACCUCGUGUGAAGAAAGAGGACAGUGGAUCCGAUUCGAGCUCAUCGGUGUCUUCCGAGGAGGAGAAUUGUCUGUCUCCAAAGAUAAAAGGGUUGGGUUGUAAAGAGAAAAUGUGGGGUAGUUCCCCCGGUAAAAAGCAUCGGCCACAGUCGAAAUUUGGUGGCAACAUGGUGAAGUUCAAGAAUGGAGAAACUGACAGUUCGUCGUUGGAUCACUUUCGGUCACCGCUCGUUAACAACUAUCAGAAACGCACAAGAGACUCUGCGGACUACGAGGCAUCCGGAGUACAUUCAGACAAGAGUGAUAACACGUCGGAAGAUGAAACGGAUAACGAAAGCGACAAUGAUAAUAGUAACGAUGAUGACGCUAAUAAUAAGAGCUCUACAGCAAAAUUGUUUGGUGGCGUGAAGAAGAAAAGUUAUAAGGCUGGUGUGAAAAGGCGUGGUCGACCCCCUCUCUCUGAUAAAUUCAAAUCUCAGAGCCACAAAACUGCCAAGCGAAGGGGUCGACCACCACUGAUGAGUAAUUUCGGGAAAGGUGAAGCACUAACGAAACAGACAAAGCUGGAAAAACCAACUACAAUGGAAGUGGAUACAAAGCCCCAGCUGAAAAUAAAGGAUGAUACUGCGGAUAACAAAAUCCCAAAGAGAAGGGGUAGGCCUCCGAAAAAACUUAAUAACCCAGCUUCGGCCUCGGCCUCUCCUACUCCUAUGUCCAUUGACACUCCCACCCCAGCUGUGGCCCUCUCUUCACUCAAUGCUCCCACCCUGGUCGAAGGCCCAAAUUUAGUUGAUGUCUCCCCUACGUCUCCAUCUUCGGAACUUACCAGUGAGGAGUUGCUGAAAGCCAGACUAAACCUCCCAAGGCGUCGUGGCCGACCUAGUAAGGUUGACGUAAUGUUGCGCGAGAUGGCGGCUGCUCGCCUCGCCGCGGGGCAGCCGAUGGCACUGCCGACGCCCGAGGCAGUGGCGGCUGCGUUGGCACAGACUGCUGAGGUGCCGGCCAAGAAGAAGAAAGUGUACGCCCGUCGCCGUUACCACGCUUACGGACAACGGAAGCGGAGACGUCGGAAGAACACGAAUUUGUUGAGAACGUUGUCGACGGUGGCAGCGGAAUUCGACGCUGGGGCAGAAGGCGGUGGGCCUCUGCCGCCAUCGGAAUUGGCCAGGGGUGAAGAAGGAGCAUCUGGGGUGGCGGGGGGUGGCGCCGACUUUCAUCAGAUGGUACCAGCAUACGACGAGGUGGCAGGAGCUGAUGAUGAUGAUGAGGAGGAAGAGGAGGAGGAAGAGGGGGAGGACAUGGCGGGAAAAGUGGAGGCGUAUGAGGAGAGAGGCUCCACUGCAAGGGAGGAGGAGGAGGAGGAGGAGGAGGAUAAAGCACUUAUCAACAAGCGCCACUUCACCGAUCGUCAUCAUCAUCGUCGUCAUCAUCGACAUCAUCAUCAUCAGCUUCAGGAAUCCCAAGGUCAUAAUAAUAAUAGUCAUCAUCGCCAGCUUCCAUUGUCAUCGUCAUCAUCAUCGUCGUCGUCAUCAUCAUCACUGCAGCCAUUGCCACCAUCCGCAAACAUCGUGGUUAGUCUGAGUCACUUGUCCCGUCGUGCCGAACCAGCAGGGGAGCAGCGGCAGCUGGUGGAGGAACCAAAUGCAAAGAAGAGGCAGAAGAAAAGAAAGAAGGACGCUGGUGGGGAGGGGGAUGUGAAGAGACAGCGGGGUGGGGAGGUGGUGAGUGGCACUUCUGUUGGUGGUGGUGGUAGUAGUAGUAGUAGUAGUAGUAACAAUAAUAAUAACAAUAACAACAACAAUUUGAAAGACAUGAUUAAGCAAGAGGUGGAGGAGGAGGAGGAGGAGGAAAGUGUGUUGUUGGCCAACGGAAACACAUUCCGGGUGAAGAUGAUGAAGAGCAAACCGAACAGCAGUGCCAAGGGUCCGGCGUCGGCGUCGGCGUCGGCGUCGGCAUUUGCCAAUUUGAAAGGACUGAAGAAAGAAGUGUCAGUCGAGCAUGGUGCGGAGGAGAACAAACCAGCUGCUGCCCACACUGCAGAAAAGCCCAAAUCGAGGAAUAAAAAGACUACCCCGUCUUCCUCCUUCUCGUCUAGCUCUACUAAAGCUGGGGUCAUCAAAAUAAGCCGCAACAACAAUAAUAAAACCAAAGCCAACAGUAACAACAACAGUAGUAGUAGUAGUAGUAGUAGUAGUACAACUACUACCACUACUACUACUACUACUGCUACAUCUACGACUCCGACUAUUGGCAAUACCGCAAGGCAGAUUACGCCACCUGUCUACAAUGUGCCGCGAGUCAUGCUACCACCAUGCAUUAAGGAUGACGGCAUUGCAUGCCUGAUGUGUGGCCGAGUGCACACUCAGGACCAUUUCUUCAAGUACAUGGAACUUAAGUCGACGGAGACAUCACAUCGAUGUCCCCUCUGUGGCCAGUUCUUCUCAUGGAGCUGCCUGUUCAUUGAGCACAUGCGUGGUCACCCGGAGAACACUGCGCAGUAUCGUUGCGAAUACUGCGGGUCGGUGUCGCGCAAAAUCUCGUCGUAUUUCAACUGUCGCAUAACGCACUGCCCGCCGUCGCAGGAGUGGUUCGACCUGCAGAAGGCCUGCGACGACUACCUGGCCAGCCUUGAGAACAAGUCUUCCUCCGCCGCAGCGAAGAAGCGACGCAAGGCUGCUGCAGCAUCCUCAUCGACGCCUUCGACAAAGAAAAAAGGAUCCGGUGGGGAAAGCGGUGGUGAUGGCAGCAGCGGUGGCGGUGGUGGUGGUCGAAGUAGGAAGAAGUCGUCGGCAAAGCAACAAGAGAAAGACGGGGCUAAUGCAUCCGUAGAAAAGACGCAGUCUUCGCAUGCAUCGCAGCAAAGCAAUGCCUCUGAGAGCAGCGGAAAUUGUAGCAGUAGUGCCAACAACAACAGCAGUAACAAGCGUAGAGGGCAGAAGCAGUCUAAAGGACGCAGAUCAAGCGCUGACACAAAGGCACCAGCGAAACCUGCUAAGUCGUUUGUGUGUGAUGUUUGUGAGAAGAGCUUCCUGAAUUCGAAGCUUUUUACCAAGCACAAGGAGUCGCACAAAACCGAGACAACUGCACAGUGGUGCAAAGAGUGCAACAAGCAGUUCUCGAGCCUUGCAUAUUUAAAUGCACAUAAAUGCAGCCACAAUACUACAGAAGGGUCUAUGCCAGUGACUAAUGUGUGUGCAGAUAGCAACAGUGAGGGCAUUAGUGUAGCUGCAGACGACAACAACAACAACAGCUGUGGCAGUAGUAGUAGUAGUAACUUUAAGUGCAGCCUUUGUGAUGCAGUUUUCGCAGAUGCUCUCACCCUCAAAAACCAUGUUGAAUUGUGUGAGGGGCUUCCCGACAGCAAGCGUUUGUCGGGACCGCAUACAUGCAGCAUCUGCGAGCGUAGCUUCAAGUUCAAGCAAUCGCUGUUGAACCACAUGCGCAGGCACACGGGCGAGCGGCCCUUCGCGUGCGAGCUGUGCGACAAAACGUUCAUGCAGGCUGGCAACCUCGAGCGGCACCGACGCACCCAUGAGCGCGACAACACCACCACCACCACCACCACCAUUCAGAGCCCGGUCGAGGAGAAGAGCGAACAUUUCAAGAAAUUGUAA